AUGAAUAGCUUGAUCUCGAGGGAAGGGUUCUCGGAUAGGCCGCCUUGUUGGCAGCUGAAAGACGAGGUCGAACACGAGAGAAUGCAUAAUUUGUUGAUCGAUCGGUGCGAGCAGCUUCAAGAUACGAUCUUCAGCAAAGAGUUGAUAGAACAAGAGCUGUGUCUGACCAAGGACGCCCUGAUAGAGACCACCAGUCAAUUGAGAUCGACUAAUGAGAACUUGCAAAAGCUGCGUACUGCCGCAAGAACCGAGGCAAGAUUCAAGCACCAGCUUAUUCUCACUCUAUGGAACAGACUAAGUGAGACGCAACAGGUAGAAAUCAAGCGCACCAGCAAGAAAAGAAAGUAUGAUGACUUCCUUAGAGGCUGA